AUGAGAGUUGGGAUCGUAUUGGAUUGGUUUCAUAGAACGGAUUAUACCAGUGUGCAAGUUAUCUUGAAACAAUGCCUGAACCAAAUAGAAUUCCGAACAGAACACCAGAAGGAAGAUUGCCUUGAUAUUUUACUCGUGAACAACCAUAGAACCCCUAUUCAAACGUCACAUUAUCUCGAUACAAUACUGGGAAAGCUGUAUAGCGUCACAAGAGAUAUACUGUUAGAGCAUGGAUUUUAUCUUCUGCCCAUUAAUAUUCUCUUUGAAGGGUUCAAUUCUGAUAUCGCACGAUGGGAUGUCUUAUUUACUGGUGAGAACUCAUUGUUUAUAAAGGAGAACGUCCUGCAUUAUAAAAAGCAUAUACCUUUCCAAAUAUCACAUGCUGAAUCACCUGAAUAUGAAGAUGAGGAGGACAGCGAAGUCGAUGGGUUACACGUGGAUAGGAACAAAUAUGAAGUUACAGCUUUGGGUGGAACAUUCGAUCAUAUCCAUGAUGGCCACAAGAUUCUUUUGACUAUGGCUGCAUUUGUUACUUCUAAGAGAUUAAUAGUAGGUGUCACGGAUGAGGAAUUGUUGGUGAAUAAGAAGUUUAAAGAGUAUUUACAGAAUUUUGAUGAAAGAUGUUCUAAUGUUCAAUCUUUCAUCGACUUAAUAAAACCAACAUUGAAGACCGAAAUUGUGCCGAUUAAAGAUGUAUGUGGUCCCACAGGAACAGUUCCCGAAAUCGAAUGCCUUGUGGUGAGUCGUGAGACGAUAAAGGGUGGUGAGUUUGUCAAUAAGACUAGAAAGGCUAAGGGGUUUUCUAUUUUAGAUAUCGUGGUGGUGAAUAUCCUUGGCGGAGAUGAGGAAGAUGGGUGGAAGGAGAAGUUGAGCAGUACAGAAAUUAGGAAGAUGACGAUGGAACAUCAACAGAGGCAUAGUCAGAAAUCUCACCCAAAAACAUCUUAG